AGUCCUUCUUUUUUAUCGAUAUCCUUGUUUUUUUAUUAUUAUUAUUAUUAACAAUGUCAGGAAAACCUGAAGAUGUAUUAGAAACAACACCAACAACGGAAAAACCCAAGAAAUCACAACCUAGUCGUAAAGGCAAAAAAGCAUGGCGCAAAAAUGUUGAUGUUGAAGAAUUAGAAAGUGGUCUUGAAUCACUUCGAUCUGAAGAACGUGUGCGUGGUACGAUCGAUGACUUGCCUGAAGAAGAACACUUUACUAUUGAUUUGGGUGGUGAUGAAAAAGUGAAGGAUAUGAUCAGAUCAACUAGCAAACCCUUACGUGUGGAUCAAAUCUUGGCUCAACGAUCCGCUGUACCUGCUCUUGGAGGUCGUCAUGUCCAUAAUCUCUCUGAACCUGUAUAUGGUGAACUAUCUAAACAUCAAGAAAAGAAGGUCAACCAACUUGCUAAACGAAAACUCAAAGAAGCACCCAAACCAAAGACCAAAAAGAAGGCUAAAGUAUCAUAUGAUAUGUGGAAUGAUGAAGAAGAAACCGACAAAAUAACUAUGGACAACAAUGAUUAUCUUGAACCUACAAAACCUAGCAAAGUCAAGGCACCAGUAACAAUGGCCAGGAUACCUAAAGUGAUGCAACACAAACCAGCUGUUACGGUUCCUCAUGCAGGUGCAUCUUACAACCCUACUGAAGAAGAUCAUAAAGCAUUAUUAAAAAAGGCCGCGGAUGUGGAAAUCGCCAAGUAUAAGGAAGAAAAGAAAUUGGAUCAAAUCUUAUCGUAUCGUAAGGAAUUGGAAGAACUUCCUCAUGAAUUACAACACUUGGAAGACGGGAAUGAAGAAGAAGAAGAUAAAACAAGUGAUACAGAAGAAGAUAUAGUCGAAAACAAGAAAAAAAAGAAGGUUGAACGCAAGACAACAUCACAACGACACAAGGAAGCUCGCACCAAGGCAGCUCAACGAGUUUACGAUUUGAAACAACAAGAAAAGAAGGUCCGGCAAGAAAUCGAACGAUUAGAAAUCACUCAAAAAGAAUUGGAAGAACGUACCAAGCUUAUUGACAAGUUGGCCAAGAACCGUGUUGAAACCAAAGAAAGAAAGGAACGAGAAGGAAUGAAUCGUAUUGGUCAAUUCCAUGUGCAAGAUAUGAGUAUGGAAGUUCAAUUGGAAGAUGAACUAAGUGAAACGUUACGUCAACUCAAGCCUGAAGGUAGUAUUUUCAAGGAUCGAUUUGUCAGUCUUCAACAACGAAAUAUCAUUGAACCAAGAUCACCCUUCAAGACACCCAAGAGAAAAUAUGCCCUCAAGGUAUAUGAAAGAAGAUCUUACAAGACCUUUGAUGCCACCGAAAGGAAAAAAGCUCAAUAUAAGCAAAUCAUGCAAAAGAAAAAAUAAUGAACUGUAUUUAGAUUAUUUUACAUCCAUCAUCACAUUUUUUUUUAUUAUUAUUCAUUGUUAUUAUUAGUUUACCAUGCAUUCAACAUUUUCUCCUCCCUUUUUUUUAUCUUCAUUCUAUGUAUUGUUUUUUUUCUUACACUCUAUUCUAUACAAUCCACUCAAUAAAACUAUCAUCCUUAUUACUACUACCCAAAAAAAAAAGAGAGAAUGUUAUGAUAAGGAAGGAACUU